AUGUUACUGGGAAAACGUUAUAUAACAUUAAAAAAUAUUGAAAAUGACGCGGCCGCUCGUUUGAUUGCUCCUAAGAAACGAGAGUGUCGGUAUAUCGAUGAGAAUAUAUUAACAGUAUACCCAUAUUAUUCGUACACGGCUUGCACAGUUCAAUGCAGGAAGAACGCGCAAAUGCAUUACUGUAAUUGUGCAAAUUUUUUUAUGCCUAAUACUCCAGAGGAAAAGAAAUGUAAUAUAAGUGGAAUUAUUUGUUUGAAUAAUAAUUUACAAGCUUUGUCUGUACUGAAAGCGCGAUGGUCUCAAGCAAAUGGAUUAUACUGCGAUUGCCUUCCAUCGUGUACGGAGGCAGAGAUAUCAGUCGUUAAAGACUUUAUAGAACCAAAUACACAAAAAUACUCUACGGUCGGGAUAGGGCUAUCCACAUUACCUAGUGAGAGGUAUAGAAGAAAUGUUGUAAGAGGCGUGCUAGAUUUAGUCGGUAUGUCUUUAGAU